AUGUCUCCCAUCCCGUCAAUGUCAAUCCCCGAAUUCAUCGCCGUCGCCGUCGCCGACAACCUCACGCGCUCGGAGCCGGCCACCCAGCAAACGUACCAGUGCGUCCUCAGCCCUGAGAAACAAAUGGCCCUCAUCGCCGACAGGGACUUCUGGGUGAUGCUUUUCUUUUGCUACGCUGCUUUCAAUUUCCUCCUCGGCCUUUCUGCGCUGUGCGCUGAACGGCGUCCGUACCGUCAAUCCAUGGAGUGUUCGAUGGCUGCGGAUGGGGAUGCUCACGCAUUGUGGAUGGUGAUACAACUACAUAGCGGCGAGCGGUUCGGGAGUCCGGCUUCGCUACCCCAUGUCUUUUUCCUUUUCUACUUUUCUUCGCUUACGAGAGUGCAACCCAAGGCCUCGCAGAAGUAA